AUGGUACCACCACUGGAUUUCAAUUGGACCAAUUUCAGCCAAAUUGAGGUCCAUUUGGAAGACAAUGAGUUGGAAAUGGUCAAUUUGACUGGGUACCACAAUGUGACAAAAUUAUUCUUGUCUAGGAACCAUCUAAAGGAAUUGUCUUGGGUACCACCAAACAUACAGGUACUUCAUUUGGACCAUAAUAACAUCACUCGUUUAAAUUACGACACAAUUCAAGUUUUAAAUUCGACAAAUUUGACUCUGGAUCACAAUCCAUGGAUUUGUGAUUGUGGUACCGAAAAUUUGACAAGUUUCAUCAGGAGUCACUUCAGACAGGUCAAUUACCAUUCCGUUUUUUGUGCAAAUAGUACCAAGAGACUCAUUGACUUGACCCGGUCCUCUCUAUGCCCCGAUUUGAGCCUCAUUUACCUAAGUCUAGUCGCCAGUUUUGUGGAGGAUUUAGACAAAGACAAGUUAUUUGACGCUUUUGUGAGUUACUCACAUAAAGAUGAAGGGUUCGUUGUGGGGACAUUGGUACCAAAAUUGGAAUCUGAAGGGUACAAACUUCGUCUACAUUUUCGGGAUUGGGUACCAGGAGAGAUGAUCAGUACCCAGAUCAUCGAGUCCAUUCAAGGAUCAAAAAGGACGAUUGUGGUUCUUUCAGGGAAUUUCCUGAAAAGUGUUUGGGCCAAAGAGGAGUUCAAACAGGCCCAUGCCGCGGGAAUGGUCGAAGGAAGAGUGAAAAUAAUUAUGAUUUUGUUUGGGGAAAUUGACAUUGAGGGGCUUGAUGAGGAACUCAGGUUGUAUCUCAGGACAAAUACUUAUCUCAAAUGGGGCGAAAGGCACUUCUGGGAGAAGCUGCAAUAUGCAAUGCCCCACCGGAAGCCAAAUUUGUAA